AAUUGUUUAGGGAUCUUUGAAUAGGUCUGACAGAGGUAAAACGAGUCGAUUGCAUUGUGACGACCCAUGCAAAAAUAAUUUCUAAUUUUAUCUUGUUUCUCACAAGCUACAUCAUCGAAUAUGAAGACAGAGUCGGGUUUGGCGUUUACGGGAUCCAAUACACUAUCGUUAUCGCUGUAUCCGUAGUAAUUAACACCUUUAAUACGAUCCAAAACCUGUUGCAAAAAUGUGUAUUUGUCUUGAAAGAGAGACUUUGAGUAAACAUACACGUUCUCAAACCGAAGUCCGUUUGGAUCUGUUAAAAGACUUAACAUCACAUUCGUUUUUCCUGAAUUACUGGGGCCACAGAUUAUAGCCCUUAUAGUAUUUGGUAAUAGAUCGCUAUGUCGAUUUCUAGCAUCACCCUGUGCGAUAUCGAAAUUACAAACAUCAAUAUCGAUUUUCUGUUUAACUUUUCUCAUUUUUUUUUUCACAUAUAUACGAUGUUUAUUCGAUCACGUCUUCAGUUGUAAUGAGAACGUCAAAGGGUAAAGGUCUCUUAAAUAGGGCUAUCAAUAAAUUACCAUUUGAACUUCAUUUACCUGGUUACCAGUAUUGUGGUCCGGGAACAAAGCUUGCUAAACGAUUAGCUAGAGGAGAUCCAGGCAUAAACGAAUUAGAUCGAGCGUGUAAGGAGCACGAUAUCGCAUACUCGAAAGAAAAGGAUUUGAAUCGACGACAUCAAGCCGAUAAAGUGUUGGAGGAAAAAGCGUGGGAAAGAGUUAAAGCUUUGGAUUCUAAUAUCGGAGAAAAAAGUGCUGCGUGGCUUGUUACAAACGCAAUGAAAACAAAACGAAAGCUUGGUAUGGGUGUUAAACGAAAACCCUUCAAAUCUUUUAUUGUUAAUAAAGUGAAGAGACAUAUUAAACAUUAUGGUAAUGGCACCCUCAAGGAUAAUAUUAAACUAGCACUGAGAGCAGCUCGCAUGAGUGUUAAACAAGCUGGUGGUAGAAGAAAAGUUAAAGUACCUAGAGUUAUCCCAGUACCUAAAGUCGGAGGAAUUUUACCUCUUAUUCCGCUCUUCGCAGGCCUAAGUGCUUUGGGAGCUCUUACCGGAGGCGCUGCUUCUGUCGCUAAAGCUGUUCAAGAUAGCCGAGCGGCAAGAGAUAAAUUAAAGGAAUCUCAACGACAUAACGAAACCAUGGAAGCCAUUGCGUUGGGUAAAAGAGGAAGCGGAUUAUACCUUGCCAAACACAAGACAGGAUAUGGAUUAUUUCUUCAGAAGCAAUUGCCAAAAAACUACCAAUAAAGCUACCCAAUCGACCUUUGUCUAACCUAGAUAUACAGAAAUAUGUAAAGAAAUUAAAAAUUGUCAACUUCAGAGGAGUAUUUAUGCGAAAUGCUCUACCACAAACACCUAGAACGAACGAGUGCGGUGUUGUAAAUUUGGACGAGAUUGAAGGAGAUGGAACUCAUUGGGUAGCAUAUAGAAAAACAAGGGAUAAAGUUG